UAAUGCCUGUCAACUGUAUUCAAUUAUAAAUAAUUUUUUGCUAAUAUAUUUAAUGAUUCAGUUUUUUUCGUUUUAUGUAACAAGUAAUUCAUCAUGGGUGAUUUACAACAAGUGCGUGUGGAAGUUAAUAAUGCCUUUAAACUUAGUGGAUUUACAAUUCGAAGAGAGGCGAGUACUUUUGUUGCGGAGCAACUUAUUGCUUUAACGCCGCAGGAACGACAGAAAAUGAUUGACAAACUUACGGCACAUCUUUUACAUCAAUGUCUUUCACAACCUGUAUUAGAAAAACAACAUUUAGAAGUAGCCUACAAAGAGUGUUUAUCCUUAGGCUUAGAAGAAAGUGAGACUGUUAUAAAUAUUAUUGAUGCAUUUAAUAUCCCCAAAAUAUCUUACGAUAAUGAAAGAAAGAAAUUUUUAAAGGAUGUUGGUGCAAAAAACAAUUUGUACCCUGAACCUAAAUGGAAAGCACAAAUGUUAUUAGAUAGAUAUACAAUAAUUUGGCAAAGAACUAUAAGGAAUAAACUCUUUGCCAAAGAAACAUUGCCUUCUAUGGAAAGUGAAAAUCGUUUUCAAUUACGUAAAAUCGAAGUAUUACUUAGUUCAUCAAGUAGAAUCAAUGAUGUUAUUGUACUUGGUUUUCUAACACAAUUAACUGAAGGAAAGUUUUACCUAGAAGAUCCUACGGGCAGUAUUCUAUUAGAUAUGAGUCAAACAAGAUAUCAUUCCGGAUUAUUUACGGAGAGCAGUUUUGUACUUGCUGAAGGUUAUUACGAUGACAAAGUUCUACAUGUCAUGGGCCUUGUUUUACCUCCAUCGGAAAGUAGAGCAACUUCAUUGCCGUAUUUCGGAAGUUUAAAUACAUUUGGUGGGAAAUCAAAAACAUUAUUAAAGAAUUCACAGAAUCUAUUGAAAUUGGAACAGGAAAAUGAAGAUGGUAUGUUUGUAUUUUUAUCUGAUGUUUGGUUUGAUAAUCUUAAAGUUAUAUCGAAAUUAAAAACUUUAUUUACCGGAUACAAUGACUUCCCGCCGAUAGCUAUUGUAUUUAUGGGUGAAUUUCUAUCAUGUCCCUACGGUUUUGAACAUAGUAUACAACUUAGAGCCGCACUAAAUAAUCUAGCUGAUGUUUUAUAUCCAUUUAAUAAAUUAAGAGAGACAUGUAAAUUUAUAUUCGUACCUGGAAGAAGUGAUCCCGCUGCAGCCAAUAUUUUACCGAGGCCACCCAUUCCUAGUUCAAUAACGAAAGAAAUCAGACAGAAAUUAGGUGAUUCAGUAAUAUUUACGACAAAUCCGUGUAGAAUACAGUACUGUACGCAAGAAAUUGUUAUUCUAAGACAGGAUUUGGUUACAAAAAUGUGUAGAAAUUCAAUUCACUUCCCGGAAACUGGGGAUAUUCCAGACCAUUUAACAAAGACUUUGUUAAGUCAAUGUACACUAUCACCUUUGUCGUUGGCUAUACAACCUCUUUAUUGGAAACAUGCAGAUGCAUUAAGUUUAUAUCCAAUGCCAGAUUUAGUAGUCGUUGCUGAUCAUUUUCAACCAUAUACAAGAUCUUAUCAAAACUGUCAAGUCGUUAAUCCUGGAUCUUUUCCGAGAACUGAAUAUUCAUUUAAAGUGUACAUACCUUUUACGAAGACUGUUGAAGAUUCUCAAAUACCUAAAGAAGACACAUAAUGACGUAUUUAAUAAAUAAAACUGCUAUGUCUAGUUAU